UCGUUGCCAGCAGUUGUCCCCCCGCCCUCCGCAGCAGCAGCAGCAGCAGCAGCAGCAGCAGCAGCAGCAGCAGCAGGGGGGGGGGAGGUGUGGGGCCCCACAAGUGUCUCCUCCGCGGUCCAGUGGUGUCGAUCCCACUUGGCUCGAUCCCUGUUUUAUUCGGAGUUGUGUAGAGACACCCGAAUGGCCCGGCUUUACCAGAGGGCCCUUCAGGGAGACACUUCGCUUCUCCGCAGAUUCACCACUUACCCCGGAGUGAAGGCGCGGCGCUCAGUGUCUCCUUUUGGGAUCGGAAAUCUCACCAUCGAACACGAUCCCAACUCCCCCUCGCAUGCAGCCCUUUUUCUCUUCGGGACUCUUUGCAGGGGCCCCCUCGCUGCUGCUUGCCUCCGCCUCGAGGAGACUUUUGGGGCUUUCCCUGGACAAAAGGAAGCAGAAGAAUUCACUUUGGAACAAAUUGACCAACUUAUGCAGCAGGCCACAUCUCUGGGGGCCCCCUCGGAGGGGCCCCUCGAGGAGGGGGCCCCCAUAGGGGCCCCAGAGGGGCCCCUAGAGGAGGGGGCCCCCAUGGGAGCCCCCGAGGGGGCCCCCGAGGGGCCCCUUGAGGAGGGAGGCCCCCUGGGGGCCCCUGAGGGGCCCCUCGAGGAGACAGCGCCCUGA